AUGUUAUUUGGAGCUCCACCCGAACCGAGUCGUAACAAUACUCCACGAAGCACUCCUGCGCCAGUUCCAGGUGAUCUACCUAAGGCGACCACUACCAGAAGGGUUGAAUCGUUCCCAGAAUUCAAACCUUUGCUGGAUUAUGAUGCGUGCUCCUUUGUUGACGAUUCUACCUCAGUUGCUACCUCUACUGAAGACGAGUCAAAUUUUGAGAUAGACGUGGUACCAGAAGAAGACGAUUUUGAUCUGGCUGAUUUGGCUGAAGACGCUUCAACUGUCGAUGAGGCUAUAAUUAGCGAUCGAAUAUACAAAGUUCUGAUGGCGAAACACGGGAACAUCCUUACUGUUGACCUGGUGACUGUAAUAACGAUGAUUAAUGUACAUAAUAAAGAUACACUUGUAUUAGGAAAAGCGAACAAUGUUUUGGUGUCUCAAAAACUUGAUGUGGCGAGGAUGGAAGCUUACGAUGGUCUUCGAAGAAAAAGUAACAAUGUGGAAAAUGUUCGAGUUAAAGAUCCAGAGGUGCUAUUUUCUGUGAUUGCACCUGCAAACUCAAUUACAAGUGACGUUCAGGUAACAGUGAAAGGUAUUUCUGCACAAGUGGAAGAUGAAAUAGUGUCUCAUCUAGCUGCAUUCGCACUCGACGAAGAAGCGAAAGAAAAUAAUGUGAACUUGUUCAUUAAAGUCUGCGAUUCACGUAUUCAAAUUCACGAUCGCAACAAGAAAAAACCCCUUCUACUAACAAUCAAGGAGUGCGUAAUCGAACAGGACGAAAAAAGGAGAGAGCUUUAA